CCGAAAUCUGUUUUGUUUUUGUUUUUGUUUGCCUAAAAUAAAUACGAAAUCCUUUUCCCAUAUGCAAACUAUAUAAAUGGUCGAUUCACACCCCCGCAUUGAAUAUCACUCUGCUUUUCAAAUUUCCAAUUCCACUCAUCUUUGACCGGCCAUGGAGGUUUCAGCUGCCAUUGUUGAGCUUGAUAACAAGGAGAACAUCCCGCCAAGAUCUGCAGAAAUACUCAAUUCAAUGCCUUCAAAAGAGAAAUCAUUGAAGAAGAAGAAGAAGAAGGGGAGGACGAAUUUGACGAGGAAGCCCCUCCGAGACAUAACCCACCUAAUAGGCAACACUCCAAUUGCAAUAUCUCUUUGCGAUUUUCCAUCUCUUCUUCCUUCUGAAGUAUCUUCGAAUCCCAGGAAACGCAGAGCAGCCGAUGAUGAUGAAGACGGUGAAGAUAAGAUUCGUAUUCAUUCUUUUCGCAAGAAGUCUGCCAUGAUUCAUUUCAGAUAGAUAGCUUAGAAGAGAAUGCUGGGCACCUUUUUUUUUUUUUUUUUUAAAUGGACAAGUUUUGAUCCUAUUUGAGGAAUUCUCCUUACUUGGAAUCCUCUCUUUCUGGAUAUCCGUGUUCUAGCCUUAAGUUUUUGAGUUUCUGAAGACAAUAGAAUUUUGUGUAAGCUCAAAAAAGGAGGAAUGGGGUUUUCGAAUUUAAGCUUAUAACAUGUUUGGGCUGUAUAAUUUGUAAUUUUGAUUCAUUACAAACAUUCUUCUACAUGGCUCCAGGAAACGAAUCGUGUUAAUUGGAUAUCUAAUGCCAGUAGAUAAUGGAGACUAUAUAUUGUGAUU